AUGGACAGGGAUCAACAGCUGAAAGCUGCCUUAUUUUGGAAGCUUCCUCUACUUUUCCAGGAGGUAAGAAUAAUACCAACACUGACCCCAACCAGCCUUCCAGAUUUGCACCAAUGUCAUGCUUUCUGCAAAGGUGACUUUGUGAUUAAUAGCAACUCCAGCUUUGAUGAAGAUGUUACUAAAGAGAGCCAAGUCACACUGGAUUACAUCAUUGAAGAUUUUUCCAAUCUUGACUACAGUCAGUUUGAAGAGAUGUGCAAGAAGGAUGAGAUCCGGAAAUUCCGUGCUAUUUUUCUUCCUGUUGCGUAUUCCUUGAUAUGCUUUGUGGGACUGGCAGGCAAUGGUUUGGUUAUGGCAACCUAUAUCUAUUUCAAGAGGCUCAAGACAAUGACUGAUAUCUAUCUAUUCAAUCUGGCCUUAUCAGACAUCUUCUUUCUUUUGACUCUCCCAUUUUGGGCUGUCAGUGCAGCCAAGCACUGGAUUUUUGGGGACUUUGCAUGCAAAGCAAUUUACCUCAUCUGCCAGAUGAGUUUCUUCAGUGGCAUGCUGCUGCUUCUCUCCAUCAGCAUUGAUAGAUAUUUUGCCAUUGUUCAGGCAACUUCAGCCCACCGCCUUCGGUCCCAGAGAAUGUUUGCCAGCAAAGUUACCUGUUUCUUGAUUUGGACAUUGGCUUUUAUUUUUUCUGUCCCAGAAGUGGUCCAUACCAGUGUUUAUGAACAUCCUUUAUACCCACCACAAUGUUUCAUCACCACAGGUGAUCAUAUAGCCUUAACUAUCAGUAUAAGAGUAUCUCAGAUGGUCUUUGGGUUUUGCUUACCUCUAUUUGUAAUGACUUUCUGCUAUUGUGUCAUCAUCAGAAAUUUGCUGCAACCCCAUAGCUUUGAAAAAAAACAUGUAAUCAAAAUCCUUGUUGUAGUCAUGAUAGCUUUUGUUCUCCUUCAGCUCCCCUACAAUUGCAUCAUAGUCCUCAGGACCAUUUCAAAAUACAACCGAACCACUGGCCAGUGCGAUGCCAUCAAGACCCUAGAUGUGGCUAAUGAUGUGACUUACAGCUUGGCUUGCUUCCGCUGCUGUCUCAAUCCUUUCCUGUAUGCUUUCAUAGGAAUUAAGUUCCGCAAUGAUGUCCUCCGACUUCUUAAAGAUCUGGGCUGCAUCAAUCAAAAGCAGCUCUGGCAAUGGUCAACAAACCAGAAGAACAGUAGAAGUUCUGUUCCCACAGAAACUGAUACCACAACUUCUUUCUCCCCAUGAGAUGCUGGAACUCUGCAUAAUCACAGAUGUUAAUAUCAGAGGGGUUUCACCAUCCAUCAU